CCAACGCAGGCAGCACUCCCCUACAAACAUCAACGAACAGAAGAGGACGUAAGGAACUCUGGUAAACUUAACAAUGGGUGAAGCCGAAACAGCUCUAAAAGAAGAGGAAGGAGGAGGGGAAAGAGAGAAUCAUCAGAUGGAGAAAAGCAGGAAGGAGAAGAGGAAACAAAUGAAGAAGAUGAAGAGGAAGCAGGUGAGGAAGGAGGCAGCGGAGAAGGAGAGGGAGGCGGAAGAGGCAAGGCUCAACGACCCUGAGGAGCAGAUGAGGAUUCAGAGAGAGGAAGAGGAGGAGAGAAAGAGGAGAGAGAUAGCGUUGAAGGAGUUCGAGGAGAGGGAGAGAGUGUGGAUCGAGGCUAUGGAGAUGAAGAGGAAAGCUCAAGAAGAGGAGGAAAAGGAGGAGGAGGAGGAGAAAAGGAAGGAUCUAAAGGAGGAUGCCAACGGAGAACAGGAAGAGAUGAGUGAUGAUUGGGAAUAUAUAGAAGGGUCACCUCAAAUUAUCUGGGAAGGAAAUGAGAUCACUGUCAGGAAGAAGCAAGUUAGGGUUCCAAAGAAAGAUGCAAAUCAAAAGAGUAAAGAAGAGGAUUUUGUUCCACAGGAUGCUGAUAGGCCUACAUCAAAUCCGCUUCCUCCACAAUCUGAAGCUUUUGCUGACUACCUGAAUGCUUCUUCAGCACAACAGGUGUUAGAGAGUGUAGCUAAAGAAGUACCUAACUUUGGAACAGAACAGGAUAAAGCUCAUUGUCCUUUCCACUUAAAGACUGGAGCAUGUCGAUUUGGUCAGCGUUGCAGUAGAGUUCAUUUUUACCCUGAUAAAUCAUGCACGCUACUUAUGAGGAACAUGUAUAAUGGUCCUGGCCUUGCUUGGGAGCAAGAUGAGGGACUUGAGUAUACGGAUGAAGAGGUUGAACGGUGUUAUGAAGAAUUUUAUGAAGAUGUGCAUACAGAGUUCUUAAAAUUUGGGGAAAUUGUGAAUUUCAAGGUGUGUAAAAAUGGUGCAUUCCACUUGAGGGGAAAUGUGUAUGUACAUUAUAAGAUGUUAGAAUCAGCCGUCCUUGCUUAUCACUCUAUCAAUGGGCGAUACUUUGCUGGCAAACAGGUAAAAUGUGAGUUUGUCAACCUUACCAGAUGGAAGGUUGCCAUUUGUGGGGAAUUUAUGAAGUCAAGACUCAAGACGUGUUCUCAUGGAACUGCCUGCAAUUUUAUACACUGUUUCCGCAACCCUGGUGGAGACUAUGAAUGGGCAGAUUGGGACAAACCACCCCCAAGAUAUUGGGUGAAAAAGAUGGGUGCUUUAUUUGGAUAUUCGGAUGAAGCUGGUUUUGAGAAACAGAUAAAGCAAGAGCAUUCAGGGCAGGCAAGGAACCGUAGCCGGGUGAUAAAAUCAGAUGCUGACAGGCACCGCUCAAGAAGAUCAAAAUCCAGGGAGAUGAAUCGUUUGAUUGGUGGUGCUGAUAGAAGCCCUUGCAUCGAAGAUGAUGUUGAAGAGAGUAGUCAUAGUCAAAGGGGCAAGAAUAAUGAUAGAAAGCAAACAAAAAGUUUAGAUGGAAGAUCAUAUAGAGAGAGCAAAAGUUUAAAAUGGGAUCAAAACAGAGAGAAAAACCAUGAUACCAGUUCUGAUGGAGGUUACUCAGACAGCAAAAGGGGCAAGAAAAUUGACAGAAAACGAGCCAAAACUUUAGAUGGAAGAUCAGACAGACAGAGAAGUUUAACAUGGGAUCAAAACAGUGAGGAAAUCCAUGAUACCAGUUCUUGAUGGAGGUUACUCAGACAGUAAAAGGGGCAAGAAAAAUGACAGAAAACAAGCAAAAACUUUGGAUGGAAGAUCAGACAGACAGAGAAGUUUAAAAUGUGAUGAAAAUAGUGAGAAAAUCCAUGAUACCAGUUCUGAUGGAAGUUACUCUGACAGUAAAAUGGGCAAGAAAAAUGACAGAAAACGAGCAAAAACUUUGGAUGGAAGAUCAGGCAGACAAAGAAGUUUAAAAUGGGAUGAAAACAGUGAGCAAAUACAUUAUACCAGUUCUGAUGGAGGUUACUCACACAGCAAAAGGGGCAAGAAAAAUGAAAGAAAAAAAGCAAAAAUCUUAGAUGGAAGAUCAGACAGACACAGAAGUUUAAAAUGGGAUCAAUACAGAGAGAGAACUCUUGAUACAAGUUCUGAUGAAGGUUAUUCAGAGAGGGACAUUGAUGCAGCUAGAGAUGCUGAUGAAGUUACACACCAUUGUCAUGCAAAGGAACAUUCAAAACACCAGAGUGAAUCAUUGGAAUACUUGGCUGACAAUAGGAGCUUCAAGAACAGAGACUAUGAAGACACAGAAAAUUCCCCUGCUCAGACCAAGAAAAGGACUAGGCAUAGGAGUAGCAAAGGGGGAUAAACCAAAUGACUAUGGAAAUUUGGUAUUUUACUGAAAAUUAAACACUAAAUAGAUGUUUUAUUGA